UCAAACAAAUGUCAACAGAGCUCAUUGUGUCAUUGUGUUUGUGUUGCAGUAUUAUGUUUAUUUAUCUGAUUUUGUCUCUCUUAACUAAUUAGGGUAACGUUAAAUGCUUUGAUAGAACAAAAAUUUAUGUGUGAGAUAUAAAGUAUGUUCAUUUAAUUAACAAAUAUGGAAACUACUCCACUUUUGACACGACCCAAAAAGAAAUCUAUCUGGUCAAGAUUUAGUUUCACGAGAUUUCGUAAGAAGGAAUUUAGUUCUAGAGUAAUUUAUUUAGGACAAUUACCUGAAGAUGAUUAUCCAGCAAACCAUGUUUGUAAUCAGAAAUAUAGCAUUAUUACAUUCCUGCCUCUAGUAUUAUUUGAACAGUUUCGCUUCUUCUUAAACUUGUAUUUUCUUGUGAUGGCCUUGAGCCAGUUCAUACCGAGCAUAAGAAUAGGAUACUUGUAUACAUACUGGGGUCCAUUGUGCUUUGUACUUGCUGUUACAUUGUUCAGAGAAGCAAUUGAUGACUUUAGAAGAUACAGAAGAGAUAAAGAAGUAAACAGACAACACUAUGAGCGUGUUGUUCUAGACACUCCAAUUGAUGGCUACCGUCCAUUUUACACGGAAUAUGUUCCCGCAUCAGCUCUAAGAGUGGGUGACAUUGUAAUGCUGCACAAAGGUCAGAGAGUGCCAGCGGAUAUGAUAUUACUAAGAACUAAUGAGACAAUGGGCACAGUGUUCAUACGAACGGACCAAUUAGAUGGAGAGAUUGAUUGGAAAUUGCGAAUACCACUGCCUUCAACUCAAAAACUACCAACUGAUGCACACCUACUAGAUAUAAAUGCACAGAUCUUUGUAGAGAAGCCAGAGAAGGAUAUCCAUUCUUUUAUCGGCACAUGUACUAGGUUGGAUGAAGAAGAAAGUGAUUCUUUGGAUAUUGAAAAUACGCUUUGGAGAGGAUGUGUUGUGGCAUCAGGACAGGCUACCGGCUUAGUGAUAUAUACAGGCAUAGAGACACGCAGUGUAAUGAACAAUGCAGUACCUCGGUCAAAAGUGGGUCGUCUAGACCUGCAGGUGAACGACCUCACUAAAGUACUGUUUGUUGCCACAAUACUCAUCUCCUUCCUGUUGAUCACACUUAAAGGCUUUGAUGGACCCUGGUUUGGAUUCUUCUUUAGAUUUGUGCUACUAUUUUCUUACAUCAUUCCAAUCAGUUUAAGAGUGAAUCUAGACAUGGGCAAAGCGUUUUAUUCAUGGACAAUACAAAGAGACAAACAGAUUGAGGGUACAGUGAUGCGGUCUACAACUAUACCGGAGGAGCUUGGUCGUAUACAAUAUUUGCUCGCUGACAAAACUGGGACGUUGACUAAGAAUGAAAUGGUCUUCCAGAAGCUUCAUCUACAAAAUGCAUCAUUUCAUAGGAAUAAUUUUCAUGAGGUGGAAGCAUUCCUGACUCAGUACAUAACGAACGACGCGCCCUCCCUGCCGACCUCGCCCAGUGGUCAGGGCGCCGCACUCGCGCCCACACCGCGACAGAUAUGGGAGGUGGUGCUCGCCAUUGCACUCUGCCACAAUGUCACACCCGUCUAUGAUAUAGAGGACCAGAGAGCUGAUGAAGCACAAUCAGACAUGGGCAGCUCGAUGAUGUCUGAGAGUUGCGGGGGCGCGGUGCCGCAGCAGCAGCUGUGCGACUACCAGGCCGCCAGCCCCGACGAGGUCGCGCUCGUCAAGUGGACCGACAUGAUGGGAGUAUCGCUAUAUAGAAGAGACCUGCACAACAUCUCGCUGAAGCUGCGCGCGGCCAACGAGAUCAUGCAGUUCAAUAUACUGCAGGUGUUCCCCUUCACCAGCGAGAGUAAGAUGAUGGGCAUCAUUGUACAGGAAGAGAACUCUGGGGAGAUAACGUACUACGUGAAGGGCGCGGACGUGGCGCUGUCCCGUGCUGUGGGCGCUGCGGGCGCGGGCUGGCUGAGCGCGGAGUGUAGCGCGCUGGCAGCUGAAGGUCUGCGCACGCUCGUCGUCGCCAAGAAAACAUUGACCAAGAACGAAUAUCUUGAAUUUGAAAGCGAGUACAACGAGGCGCGGCUGAGCGUGAUGAACCGCAGCGAGCGCACGGCGGCGGCGCUGGGCCGGCUGCAGCGCGGCCUGGUGCUGCUCGGACUCACCGGCGUGGAGGACCGCCUCGCUGACGACGUACCCCGCACGCUCGCUAUGCUGCGCACUGCCAAUAUCAAGAUCUGGAUGUUGACGGGUGACAAGCUGGAGACUGCGCUGUGCAUCGCGCGCUCGCUGCAGCUGGGCGGCGGCCGGCGCUGGCUGAGCGCGCCCGAGUGCACCACGCGCCGCGACGCGCAUCACCUGCUCCUCUCCCUGCAGAACGCCGAAGAUGACACCGAUCUCAUCAUAGAGGGGGAGACGCUAGAGGUGUGCCUGCAGUCGUACGAGGAGGAGUUCGUGGCGGUGCUGCAGCGCUGCAGCGGGGUGGUGGUGGCGCGCUGCUCGCCCACACAGAAGGCGCGCGUGGCGAGGUUGCUGCGUGCGCGCGGACAUGUCGUCGCAGCUGUCGGGGAUGGCGGCAACGACGUCGCUAUGAUACAGGAGGCUGAUAUAGGUGUGGGUAUCGAGGGUCUGGAGGGUCGCGCCGCGUCGCUGGCGGGAGACGUGAGCGUGCGCGGUCUGUCAGCACUGGCGCGCCUGCUGCUGGUGCACGGCCGCCGCGCCGCCAUGCGCUCCGCAGCUCUCUCGCUCUUCAUUGUUCAUCGCGGACUCAUCGUCUCCACUAUGCAGGCGGUGUUCUCAGUUGUGUUCUACUUCUCUUCCGUGUCUCUCUACCCUGGUUUCCUCAUGGUUGGAUACGGAACUGUCUUCACCAUGCUACCAGUAUUCUCUCUAGUACUAGACAAAGACAUACCAAGUUCGACCGCGCUUAGAUAUCCCCAGCUGUAUCGACAGCUCACCAAAGGAAGACAUCUCUCAUAUAAAACUUUCUACAUAUGGACUGGAAUAUCUAUUUAUCAAGGCGGUGUGAUAAUGUAUGGCGCGCUGGUACUGUUCGAGGAGCAGCUGAUCCACAUCGUGGAGAUCAGCUAUACCGCCCUCAUCCUGACCGAGCUGAUCAUGGUCGCCCUCACAGUCGCCACCUGGCACCGCCUCAUGGCGCUCGCGGAGCUCAUCAGCCUCGCCAUGUAUACUGCUACGCUGCUAAUAUUCACCACAUACUUUGACGCGGACUUCAUCCGGCACUGGGACUUCUGGUGGAAGGUGACAACCAUCACUCUGGUGUCAUGUCUGCCGCUUUACAUCGUCAAACAUAUGCACCGCAAAUGGCGCGACCGACAGUACAAGAACAUACGGAAAUGACCCCUAUGAUACACGCAGUUAGGUCCAAAUUCCAACUCCUGUAUUACAUUAUUAGUUAACGUAACAUGUGAUAGAAAAUUAACAAUUAGCUGAAAUCGUUUUCUUUCAUAUUCUUUCUCUCGUUAAAAUAUUAUUUUGACUUGUUUACAUACUGUCUUACAAAAUUAAAAUAAAACCUAAAUAGGAUUGGACUUUAAUAAACCAAGAUGCCUUAAUUGGGUUUGUCCGCCAUUUGGUCUGUGCCCCUGAACUAUUCGACUACCUCAAGUUAUCAGCGGGGCUAGACAAAGUCCUUUAACUCAGAAGCGAUCCCAUAACGAAUUGCAAAAAUGUAUGGAACUGACGCGUGACAUUCACGUGACUUAUUGAGAGUUCCAUACAUUUUUGAAUCGCUUCGGAGCGAGUGCAUUUUGUGUAGCCCCUCUCAGUUAUUUCAAUAGAAGAUUUCUGAGCGAUUUGCCGAGUUCUGAAACAAAUUCUGGCGGACUACCUAAAUAACCAUAUUGUAGAUAGAAUCAGUGAUAUAUAAAUCAUAUACUAAGUUAUAUUGCAGUUAAUGCAUUUAAAUUAGUAUUAGAAAAAUAAUACAACAUAUAAAUAAGUUAAAUAAUAUAUAUUAAGCGAAAGUGACAGAGAAUGUUAACUUACGUAAAAUAGAAUGCUGAUAAUUCCCUAAAGGCACGCGUACAUUGCUCGUCAUCUGAUGCACGACUGACGAUUUUAGUUUGCUUUGUAUAUUUACAUAGCAAAGUAUCAAUUAUCAGCGGCAAACGCAUAGAAAGACUGAUUUAUCAACAAGAAAUCUGUUCCAGCCGUGGGUACAGUGCGUCAGGCGCGGGACAAUGGACGCGUACCUAAGUAACUUCUUACUAAAAAGGAAAGGAAAAAGUAUAAUGCCGAAACACUGAAAAAUAUUGCCAUCUCUGUUACUCUGUUUUAGAAAAUUGAGAUAACAAUAUGUUUUUUAUGCAAGUAUCUUUGACAAAUUUAUUAUGGUUCGUUUGCAUUCAUUGUCUCGUUUCACUUUUGCACAUGUAUUACUAUGGACUCACAUUUGUUACCUAAAGAAAUUAUGCACGGGCUUUAAUUUUGCACUAUCUCAUAUUUUCGUACUACACUUAAGAGGUUUUUUUUUUUAAUUUGCAUCACAGUUAAUAAUAUAUAAUAAUAAAGGAGAAGAUCGUAAAAUAAUAAUAAUUUAGUAAAACUAUAAUAGAAACAAUUUGUCUAGAGAACUAAUCUUUGUUUAAUCUUCUUCCUUUCAAGCUCUAUUUGUCCUAGUCUAUAUUUAUCUCUCUUUCUAUCAAAUGUCAAACAUCGCUUUUUCUCUUUCCCUCAUCGAAUAUCAUCUUUACUAAAUGGUUGCAUUAAAACAGUGUCAUCUCCCUCACACUCUUUGAAAAGAUAAAGACAACAAUAUGUUUUAUAUAAAAAGCAAUAGAAUAACACGUUUUUGGUAAACAGUUGUCUUUGUAAUUUAGAUUAAAAUUGUUUUUAAGCGACAUUAUAUGUAUUAACUAAUAUAUGUUAACCGUAUUUUUACUGUGAUUUCAAAUUUUAUGAUAUUAAUAUAAAUAUUCCAUUAAUAUUUUGUAUAUGUAUAAUGUAAGCUUGAAAAUGUCAUAUGUGAGGUACAAAUUUUAUUAAAUUGUGAUAUUUAUAUUUAUUUGAUUGUAUUUAUGUUAAAGCCUUAUUAUAGUGGGUUGGUUAAUGUAGAUUUUAAAAUGUUUAUCGUUUAGUAUUAUUCAAGUUUUAUGAACGUUUGUAUUAAU